CAGCUGUGGUUACCAUACUGAGGCUUUCUUGUGCCUUCGUCAAGGGAAGAUAAGAAAAGUCUUUAUCUGAUUUAUUCAAAACACAAUUGAAAUAUGUUAUUCCUUCUAUUCGAGCUCUAAUGGACUGACUUUUUGUUAUAUUGUCUUUAAAUGGUUUCAAUCUCGCCAUAAUUUUAUCGAACAAUUUAGACCGCGUCCAAGAUUUCGCUUCUUGAAAUAUGGUAGAACUUUUUUUCAAUGAGUACUCAUAUGAUAGGUACCGAAUUAGGAUAUGCGGGUAUAUCGUCGGAUACAUCAUCGUAUUAUAGGAUUUGUAUACAACAAGGAUACGGGGUGAGAUAUGCAUAGUAUUUGGAAUGAGACGCUACGAAUUGAAGUAUACGAAUCCCGUAUGUAGGCUUUUAACAAAUAUGGGUUAUAGAUGGUGAAAUGCUGAAAAGGUAUUUAUGAAUUCAAAAUGAGAAGUGAGGGUUUAAUGACAAAUCCUCAGAGAAGAUUUGAAAUAUCUCAUUACCUUUAUCUAAGAAUAGGAAAAUUAUAAAUAUUAAAGCCCUCCAAAUCCAUGCAAUUUCAUCAUUUACUUUACUUCCAAGAGAGCAUUUCAUUACUCAACAAAAUCGUGAGCAAAGGAUUUCAUAUAAUGGCAACAUAAAUGCAUUAGACUGUAUCUACAUAAAUCAUGUUAUAUUGGCCAAAAGGCAAAAACUCAACCCCAAAACUGAAAAGUGUGCUCAUGCAAAACUCAAUGGCCGCGUGUUACUCGACUCUAGCCCUCUUGUUUUCUUUCGUAGCUGCAAUUUCUGCUGCGAGCCCAACUCGAAGUCUCUGUCAGGUGCCUGCAGGGGAGUGCGGCUACGGUGAAUGCACAGGAAGAACAUGCCCAAAUUUGUACCCAGGAUAUAAAUCUCAAUGGCCGGAACUUAAGGGGGUGAGUGCAGUAACAGCAAAGAAGAUUAUUGAGAAGGAAAACCCAUUUGUGAAAGCAUGGAUAUAUCCAGAAGGCAUUUUUUUCGAGGCUAUCAUAUGCUCCAAGCGCGUUCUUUUGUUAACUCCAGAUAACGAUUGCCCUAAUGGUCGAGUCAGCAAUUCGCCUUAUGUUGGAUGAUGAAGUGUAUUCGAAGAUAAGGUGGCACAAUAAAAAGCUUGAGCCGAUUUCGCAAUCAACUCUGUCUCUAGCUUGGGUCUCCACAGAUUAAAAUCGAUUAUUCGACUCCUUGUGAACAUGUAUCAUGCUCAGGUAGAGCAUCUGAUGUGGCCAUUUGGUAGUCGUUGAAAUUGUCAUUAUAUAUUUACCAAACGGUCGUCAAAUUAGAUUAUUUAUUUAUAUUAACCGGACUACAACUACAGGUUUGAAUA